GUGUAUGUACACCUUCAACUGUUUGCCAGCCGAUCGCAGGACAGUCUGUGAAAUGCAUCAUGGGCUGAGGUCGCUCGGAUCUGCGGCUUUAUGUCCAUGUGGGAGGAGCUACUCUGGAAGUGACACCUUUCUCUCCCUCCCUCGCUCUCUCUCGCUCUCACUGACUUAUUCACUCACUCUCAUGCUCUCUGUGAAGAAGUUGAGACGUCGUCUUCCCGAGUUGGAAUAUUUAGCCACUGGAGCAGACACGUCAGUGAGGGCUUUGGUCUUCCAUGUUUCUGCUUUACGCCGCGUAGUCUGUGAAACCGUCUCGCCUCGAGGAAGCAGUCAAACAGUACCGGGAGUCUCAUCCGUUUAGUGCUUCUUCAAAUCGCGCUGUGUUCCUACUAAGUUGCUCCCACUCCAGCUCCACAAUGACAGGCGACCAGCGCGCCCCACAUGUCCGGCUGGUAAAAGGCCAGCUUCUGAGGGUUUUGAUGUUGCCUUUAGAUAGGUUUAAUUGAAGAUGGAAACACUGGAGUCUGAGCUAACCUGCCCAAUCUGCCUGGAGUUGUUUGAAGAUCCCCUGCUCUUACCGUGCGCCCACAGUCUUUGCUUCAACUGUGCCCACCGCAUCCUGGUGUCACACUGCUCAUCCAGCAAGCCGCUUGAGUCAGUUUCAGCCUUUCAGUGCCCCACCUGUCGUUACGUCAUCACGCUGAAUCACCGCGGGCUGGAGGGCCUUAAGCGCAAUGUGACGCUGCAGAACAUUAUAGACCGCUUUCAAAAGGCCUCCCUUAGUGGCCCCAAUUCGCCUACUGAAAGCCGGCGCCUGCAGCGGCCCUACACCGCCACCAUUAGUGGCACAAUAGCUGGAACAAUUGGCGGCGGUGGUGGCGGUGGCACGAGUGGAAGCAGCGCCAGGAGCAGCCCGGCCACUUCCAGCCACCAGCACCCGCACGCCAAUCACACCAAUCACGUUAACCACACGAACGCAAACCACAGCCCGGCUUUUGGGGCCAAAAUGGAUUUGCGCAUUUGCUGCCAGUUCUGUGAACAAGAUCCACCUCGUGAAGCCGUCAAAACGUGCGUCACAUGCGAAGUGUCGUAUUGUGACCGCUGUCUGCGAGCCACACAUCCCAACAAGAAGCCCUUCACCAGUCACCGCCUGGUAGAGCCUGUACCUGACACGCAUCUCCGGGGCCUGACUUGCCCGGAGCAUGAGAAUGAGAAGGUCAACAUGUACUGCCUUGUAGAUGACCAGCUCAUUUGCGCCCUUUGCAAACUGGUAGGGCGACACAGGGAGCACCAGGUGUCCUCACUCACCGAACGCUUUGACAAGCUCAAAGCUUAUCAGGUCAGCCCGGGCAGAGUGUCAAAUGCAGUAAUGGAGGCUUCGAAGACAAGUGCUGCGCAAACUUUGGAGAACAACUUGACCAACCUAGUGAAAAGGAACAGUGAGCUGGAGAACCAAAUGGCCAAACUCAUCCAGAUCUGUCAACAGGUUGAGGUGAACACCGCCAUGCACGAAGCCAAGCUAGUGGAGGAGUGUGAUGAGCUGGUGGAGAUCAUCCGCCAGAGGAAGCAGGUCAUUGCUGUGAAAAUCAAGGAGUCCAAGGUGAUGAAGUUGCGGAAGUUGGCACAGCAGAUUGCUAACUGUCGUCAGUGUCUGGAGCGCUCCAGUGCCCUCAUCACACAAGCUGAGCAAAGCCUGAAAGAAAACGACCACGCCCGCUUCCUUCAGACAGCCCGAAAUGUAGCCGAAAGAGUUGCCAUGGCGACAGCCUCCUCCCAGGUACUUAUACCUGAUGUCAAUUUGAAUGAGGCUUUCGACAACUUCGCCCUGGACUUUUCCAGAGAAAAGAAGAUUCUGGAAGGCCUUGAUUACCUAACAGCACCGAGCCCGCCAUCCAUCAGAGAUGAGCUGUGCACGGCAUCACACGACACCAUUACUGUUCACUGGACAUCAGAGGACGAGUUCAGCGUCACCUCAUAUGAGCUGCAGUACACCAUAUACACUGGCCAGACUAAUUUCAUCAGUUUGUACAACUCUGCUGACAGUUGGAUGAUUGUGCCUAACAUCAAGCAGAACCACUACACAGUGCACGGUCUGCAGAGUGGCACACGCUACGUGUUCUUCGUCAAGGCUAUCAACCAGGCAGGAAGCCGCAACAGUGAGCCGGCCCGCCUCAAAACAAACAGUCAACCCUUCAAAUUGGAUCCCAAAACUGCACACAAGAAGCUACGUCUAUCCAAUGACUGCCUCACCAUGGAGAAAGAUGAGAGCUCUCUGAAGAAGAGUCACACUCCCGAACGCUUCGGUGGAACUGGCUCGUACGGGGCCGCCGGUAACGUCUUUAUUGACAGCGGGUGUCACUACUGGGAGGUGCUGCUGGGAGCAUCCACGUGGUAUGCCAUUGGCGUAUCUUACAAAUCCGCCCCUAAAAAUGAAUGGAGUGGCAAAAACUCAUCGUCUUGGGUGUUCUCGCGCUGCAACAACAACUUUAUGGUGCGCCAUGAUGGCAAAGAUAUGCUGGUGGAGGCCAGCCUGCAGCUAAGGCGUCUGGGCGUCCUCCUGGACUACGACAACAAUUCGCUGUCUUUCUACGACGCCAUGAACUCCCAUCACAUUCAUACCUUCGAAAUUUCCUUCCUUCUGCCGGUCGUACCCACGUUCAUGAUCUGGAACAAAUCGGUCAUGAUCCUCUCAGGGCUUCCGGUGCCAGAUUUUGUGGAGGGCAUGGCUCUGGAUCACCAGGAGCAGCAGCAACAGCAGCAGAUGGGCCUGUGCCGACAAGAGUCCCCCUAUUUGACCGGGAUGAAGACCUGCCACUGAGGGGACUGCAUACUAAGGCGAGUCCUAUCUUUCCCAGUGACUGACUGAUCCAUGUGAUGAUCAGUGUGAGUCAAUUCUGCUGCAUUUAAAGUGGAUGGAAUAACUUUCUACUGGUUCUAGAAAGUGUAAAAAUAUUGUCCACUCUGGAAAAUACUCAGUCUUUCGUUUGAGACCAUAUAUCACUUUAAUGAUCCAUCAGAGUUUGGGAACGUGACAUCGCUGAAACUGGCAUUUACUUCCCCAACUCGCUCAGUACGUUUACAUGGCAUUUGCGAAUGUUUUGUUCCAAAUCGCUGCAAGGUUUGAGCACAGUUGCGAGUUUCCAUACUCGGUGUUUCCUUCGCUCUGCUUGUGCAAAGCUGGCAUUAUGAUCAGUAUAUAUUUGAGUGGAGGGUACAUCAAUGUGCUUGAUUAUUUGACUGGCGGACAGCAUGCACAUUGUACAUAGGAGACUCGAUCGAGCCGUUCAAUUCAAGUUCUUGAAUUGAUCGCUUUGAUUUUCCAUUGCCGGCAAUUUACUGGAGUUGCAAAUUUAAAAGAGCACAUCUAAUGACCUUUGCCGUUUUAGCUACAAUAGCAGCACAUGUAAGCGGACUGACUGAAAAAGAGAGUCUGAUGGGUCAUCUUUUCUUUACCUUUCAUGGUCUGAAUUGGUAAUUUUUCUGAACAUGAGAGCAAGAGUUUCCACAUGUAACACUGACCUUUGGGAUUAAUAAAAUAUACAGUAUGUUGUAUUAUAAUCUUAACAAACCAAAAAAAGUCUUCCCAAAUAUCACUGAUCGUGUUUUGCUUCCUAUCUACUGUAAAUGACUUUUCUUUGACUGACCUAAUAGUAUUGUUUGCAUCAAUUGAUCAACUGUGUGACAACUAUGUGACAACUUAUCUUGUAUAAUAAGAGUUUUAUUGAAAAUACAAAAAUGUUAUUUAUGACAGAAGUUUACUUUUAUUAUGAAUCAUACCAUAUUCAUGAAAAACAAUUUAAUAACGAUUUACCCCCUCCCCUAAUGCGUUCAUGUCUGCGCAGUAAGAUCAAUGGUGGAAGUGAUUUAACUGCCCUCCUCAUUGCUACUUUCCAAAGGCAUUACGGUGAGUUUUUUAUCACGUAGAAUAUUGAUUUAAAAAGUUGUUGUCUUCCAAAAAAAGAUUUAUAUUAUUAUUGGGAAAGGGGUGGAUUUUACACUUUAACUGUCAUGUCAUGGCAUGAUUGUGAUUUACUGUCAGGUGUCCACGCACACGCAUUUUCAUUUUGUAAGGCUUUGCCCUGUCGUGAAAAUGCAUGAUUACACUGUAGAGCCUAUUUUGAUUCCCUGGGUGAUUUCAAUCCCGAUGUCAGUUCUACACAUCUGUCAAAUGCUGACUCACCUGCACAUUUUCCCACGAUGCACUUAAAACUCAUCUACUGCCACCCAUUCAGUACCAAAUAGUACAUUGCAUUACCAAGUGACAAGUUCUCUCAUGUUUUCAGGACGGUCUAAUAGAAAGUGCCAAGUAAAAAUCCAGUGGGCUAUCAAUUCUCUUUUAACAAUGGAAAAUUAGUAAAAGGUCAUACUGCAACCUCAAAAAAAAAAAAAAUUAAAAAAAAAGAUUUUUCAAUGGGCUUCAUGCUUUGGUUGUCACAUGAGAAUUUAGUAGGAAACUGUACACGCAGGUAUGCAUUUAAAUUGUUAAAACUAUUUACUAGUUCCUGACUGAAUUGAAUGAGAAUUACAUGAGUGCAGAAUUAAUGCAAAAUGCUUAACAGGCUUUUUAAUAUUUAAUCAUCAAUUAUUGAUUAUUUUAUCUUCACUUCUAAUGAUAAAAACCCUCUAACACAAGGAAUAGUUAUUAUAGGCACUACUAUUCCUCAGGGUACUUAUUAUCAAUUAGGUACUUUAAUAUUUUUAUUGGUAUUUUCUCAUUUGUACCAAAAACAUGCAAAUAUAAGAAUUAACAGGGUUUUAUUUUAUUUUUAUUUUAUUAUUUUUUUUUUUAAAAUAAAAUUAUUUAUAAUACAGUAAAUGAUUCUUCUUCAGAUCCUUUCUGUUCUAAGCAGGGGUCGGUAUUGCUUCAUAUCAUAUGAUUUUUAUCAUGAUUCAUACACAGGUCACGAUUUGAUUUGAUCUAAAUUAAUCCCGAAACUACACCGUCAGACGAUUAUUGCCAUAUUUGUAAUCACUUUAGAAAAAAACAAAUCAAAAUGAACAUAAAAGUAUAUUUAUAUCAAUGUAUUCCUCUUCCAACACUCAAGUAUACAUGUUUUUGUUUUAUGUUUGAACAACGUAUGGCUUUAAUUAUAACAUUUGCUGUUUUUUAGUCUAUACCUGCUUUAGUGCAAACCAGCUUCAGUACAAACCUGCUUAUAUGCAGGAUUUUAAAUACAGUGGUACCUCGACCUACGAUCGCUUCGACGGACAAUCUUUUCGACAUCAGACGUAAAAUUUGACUCGCCAUUUGUUUCUACAUCCGACGAAAUGCUCGAAAUACGGUGAUAUAUGACAGCGUCGCAAUUUCAUUGUUUUCCCGCAAGACAGACACACGGCAGAUUUCCUUGUGAGAGAAAUCAACAUGGGCUCCAAGAAUGUUAAAGCAGGUGGUGAAAAAAAGUAAAAAGGUGAGGCUUAACAUUGAAAUGAAGAUGGAAAUUAUAAAAAAAUAUGAGCAUGGGCGUCCAUGAACUGCUUGACAGUACUCCUCCGGCCUCCUUUCACCAGCCUUUAUAAAUUAAGAUGACAAUUAUAUUGUGGUACCAUCGCCAAAGAGAUCGGGAGCUUCGCCAACUGUCUGUGGCAGCUGACGCCAGAAACAACGGGACGCUAAAAGAGAGAGUAAUAUCUCAACUGCACUCUCUCACCCUGUCGUCAGCCAUGCGGUGUGUUCAGGUACACCGUACAAAAUACAACUGCCACAUUACAACCCAAUUUGUUACAUUAUUACUGGUAUUAUUAUUAUUAUUAUUAUUAUUACUAUUAUUAUAUCAUUAUACCAAGUUUUAUUCAUAAUUUAUCUGUUUUGCUGUUUGUAACUGAUAUUUGCAAUAGUAACAGCAGAAUUUAUUAAGGAAUUAGUGUAGGUUUUCGGGCUGUUGAACGAAUUAAUGGAAUUAUAAUAUAUUCUUAUGGGAAAAUCCUGCUUGUCAUACGACCAUUUCGACUUACAAACAAGGUCCUGGAACAAAUUAACUUCAUAUGUGGUAGUACCACUGUAUGGGGAAAAAACACAUCUCAAAAGGAUGAAUACCAAUAACAUCAAUAACGAAGUUAUUAUUUUCUUAAAAUGGCGGGUCAAAACAAAACAUUAGCUUGAGUAUUCAGGUAUACCAACCGCCACAGGGCCAAAAAAACGAAAAUAACUUGUUCAAGUUAGAACUGUGCAACAUAACUUACUUAUAAAGGUACUUUAGGGCAUCGCAUAUCUCCACCUCCGCCAUGUUGAAACUUUUUCUCUGUGGCCCCAAACCCCGCGGGACCCUCGUGCCAAAUGUUGUUAUUACCUCAGGCAAGGCAGCUGUGUGCUGCCAACUAGUGGACGGGAGUAGAGGUGCAGCCACUAUAUUGUUUAUUUUCACCCAAAAACACACGUGUAAGGAUCGAUAUAGACUGAUUUUGAAUCAAUACGAUAAUUUUGUGACACAAUAUUGCGAUAUAUAUAUAUCUCAGAAUAGAUUUUUUUUUUUUUCACACCCCUAGUUCUAAGUGUGUGUGCUCCGGCUUUUAUUAACACUCAUUGCUUAUGCAGUCAGAGUGGCCUAAGCAGCAGUCUUCUUUAGCCAGUCCUAGGUGGAAUUUUUCAAUGAUGUCUCUUAAAUCUGGGGUUCAUCGCUGUGUUCUGGUGUCGGAAGGCUUGAAGCUCCACAUCCUGGUAGCGCGUGGAGAGGUUCCCACACUUUUUCUUUGCUGGUUGUCCCAAUUUUUCACUGUAAAGUUCUCUUUUCUUUUGUGGAAGUUUGGCCAUCUGUCCACAGAUGGGAUUUUUGUCUCUGGCAACAGCUUGGAUGUGUGGAGGAUUCUCUUGAGGUGGAGAAACUCCUCAAUCUUAUAUACUGUAAAUCCUCAUAUUUCAGACAGAACAUGCUGUUCUUGGGCGUUAUCUUUCGCAAGCAUGAGUCCAAGACUCUCUAUCAUUUGAAAGAGCAAGUUCCAUCUGGUCUUGACAUCAAGCACCUGUGGGUGUUGAGGAAAACCUGAAACAACUAAAAUACCUAGGCGCUGCUCUUCAUUCUAGGCUCGUCUAAGCACCACUGCUCUGAUUUCACCCCAUCUGUCAGUGGCAGUAAUAAUAAAGUUUCGAGCGUCUUUGUUUUUUUUUUAAUGACGUUUACUUUUCACAGUGACAUCCAUUUUGCCAGCGCUGUCAGCGAUCACAGCUACUGUCUUGUAGGAUCUAUCUCAAACUCUUUUAAAAUGCCAGAGAUCUUUUUGAGUUGAUGAGACCAACAAAUCCCUGAGACUCCACUGUUGUAAAGUGGUGUAGGCCUCUCACAAUGAACUGGGUCACUGCUCUGUGGCAGUCAUUCACCCUCUCCUUAGUCGUCCUCAUAUUAACUGCAGUAAAGAAAUUUUGUCUUUCACCAGCCCUAGUAAAGAGAGGAGUUGAGGGUUUCGUGGACACGGAAAAGUGGGCAUUGUGAAUGAAACCAAGGUGCUUUUUUCUCUAAAGUAAAAUUACAGAAAAAGAAAGUAGCAUUCACUGCUCAUGCUAUUAGAGUGGAAAGAGUGCAUGUUGGCUUGACGUAGUUGAUAGCACUUACAGUGGAACAGCCUCUGUGAAUAUUACUGAGCUUAUAUGUGGGUGGGAAGGGGAUGUUAUAUAAAUUGAAAAUAUAUUUUAAAAAAUUGAAUAAUAAUUGGUUUCGGUUUUCUGCUUUUUUUUUCUUCAUAUUCGAUUUUCCGUUUCGGCCAAGAAUUUUCAUUCCCCAGAGUAAAUUGAUUAGUUUUGCCCAGGAAGUAAGACUCUGUGAUAAGUAGGGUUGGGCAUCGUUUGAAAUGGAACGAUUCCGGUUCCGAUUCCAAUUCCACGUUUCGAUUCCGGUUCCGAACGAUUCCCGAUUCCAAUUCUUUUAAGAGGCAGGGUCAAAAAAAAAAUGCAGGGUCGAGAAAAUUUGAUGAAAGUCGACCGAUAUAUCGGGCCGAUAGACUUUUUUCAAAAUCGCUCGAUAUCACACCGAUUUGAUAAUGGUUAUGUUUACUGUUUGGGUGAUGACCUUUCUUGUAAAAGUUGACUGAUAUAUCGGGCCAUUAGAUGGACUUUUUUCAAGAUUUGCCAAUAUUAACCGAUAUGAUAAGUAGGGUUGGGCAUCGUUUGAAAUGGAACGAUUCCGGUUCCGAACGAUUCCCGAUUCUGAUUCUUUUAAGAGGCAGGGUAAAAAUAAAAAAUAAAAAAAAAUGCAGGGUCAAAAAAAUUGCAUAGUUCGUAUUAAAGUCUUAACUUCUCGACAAAUUUUGAAAUUAAAUGAACUUCUCUCACAGGGCUAAUUAGAACUUGUAUAUAAAUAUCAGUCUUUAAACUUGAGCAAUUUUUUUCCGCUCGCCGGUCAGGGCAUCGAAACAAGGAAUUGAAAGUUUAAAAACUUGAACUAUUCCGGGAGCAUCGGAGUCUUAAAACCGGUUCCCAUCGAUGCUCGAUUUUCGAUGCCCAUCCCUAGUGAUAAGAGAUUGUUUUGUUCAAAUGAGCUGAGUAUUCAGGUGCAACUUUUUACAUUUUGCAAAAGAGCUAGUUCAAUACCCAACACAUCAAAAUAAUUAUAAGGUACAAUUAUUUUUAUUUAAAACAAACAUGCGAAUCAUGUUUUUAUUUGAUCACUUGACAACACAAGAAGCGAAGUGUGCUUCACACACAUUGAGCUGUGGUAGAGCAGGGUGGCUUGCCUCCAAUUGUUAAAUUUUUAGAAGAAAUUCAUUUUAUUGCCAGACAGAAACUAGACUGAAAAAAGGGUGCAAAUUAAGGUUCAUUUAGCCCCAAUUAUUGUCACCAUUAUUAUUUUACAGGGCCAUGAAGGGUGGAGCUUAUCUUUAGUAACCAUACCUCAACAUAAUACAGUACACAAAUGUUGGAUGUGCUGGAAACAGAUUAUUAUUACUAUUAUUACACUGAAUCAAUACAAAGUGCCGUAAGAUAAAACAUUACGGUUAGAGAGUCCGGAUUCAUACAAAAGUUGUAAUUAUAUAAUUAUAGAAAUAAAACCUUGUUCAAUUUGUAGUACAAAAGCCUACUAAAUUCUCAUGAAAGACUGUUGAAAACAAAACAUAUCUAGAGAAUACAUACAAUACUCAUUUUUCUUAUAGGAUUGUUUCCAAAUAUAUUAGCUUACUUGUAACUCAUGCUGUUGGCGAAUUUCACCUGAAAGCGACAUGUUGACUUGUGAGACUGACAAUCAAGUCAUCUGUGCAAUUGUACUUGUCCAGUCUGCAUGAUUUUGUGACCUUUCUGCAGGUUCCAGACUUCCUCUCAUUACAUUGGAGUUGCUUAUCAUAUGGUAGAUUUUACUUUCGAAGAGUAUUGCAGGAAAAAAUAACAGCACAGAACAACCAUCGUAAAGAAUAUGAAAUAGUUUGCAGUGCUAUUUUCUUUCUUUGUGUCACAAGUCGAUACAGAAAAAUAUAUACAGUGAAUGAUUUCUAGUAGCUACCAACCCCUGCAGUGCCGUGUACAACCUUAGAGACAAUUCAAUAGAUUCUCCUUCCUUUGCUUUUGUGUGACUUUGGGAGCCGUUUCUCUUUUUUACAACUCAGAAGAAACCCUUUCCUCUCCUUUUGGCAUUUUGAUAAACAGCACAAAAAGCUGAGUCACAUUUUUGAAUUACAUUAAAAUAACAAAGUAAUCAAAGAAGGGGAAUAUAUUUACAUCAUGUACGGUUGUACAUUAUACGUACAUUAUAUACAAACAAAUGUUAUGUGAAUUCCAACUGCAAUUAAAAGUCUGAUCCCAAAAAUAAUGGUGUUUUUUUCUUUAUGGAAAUGACUUCAUUGAUUUGUGACCCAUGAACCAUAACUUGUAUGCUCAAUGUCAAAAUAAACGAGAAAACAAUGUACA